CUUGUUUUUUUUUAUUUCUCUAGGAUCAUGAAAUCCUUUAGAUUUUCGUGAAAGUCAUUCUUGGUUGAGGUUAAUAAUAGUUCUUGCUAAAAAUUAUAAGCGAAACAGUUUAAAGUGGUGUUAAAAUAAUAAUUUGUGAACAAUGAAUACUGAACAAAUUCUUAAGUAUGACAUUAAACAAUGUUUGAAAUUAAUAAUAGUUGGUAAAGAUACAGACGUUGCAGAAGGAUGGAUCACACUUAGAAAAUUAGAAAGUGAACCCGUUUAUGGACAGUUAAAUAAUUAUGAAACUAUCUUACGAGAACUACUCAAUGAUGAAAUAAGAAAUGUUCAAGAGAUUCCGAAGAUCAUGAUUUGGUUUUCAAAAUAUUUAAUAGAAAAGUCAUUUACAGUUCAUCCAAUAUCAAAUGAUGUUGCAACAAUGUUAAGAAAUACAGACAUCAAUGAUAUGUCUCAUCUGACAAUGAUACUUCAAGUAUUAUUGGAAUAUAGUGUUUAUUUACCAGAAUCUGUGAGUCAUUCAAAACUUUGCGAAGCAGUUGUUAUUAGUUUGUCUACCUUCGAGAUGCCCUGUGAUCCGAAAAAGAUUUCCGAGUUCAAUGAUAAUGCUACCAAAGUACAAAACUUCCUAAAAGUAGUAAGAUCGAGGUCUAAGAAUAUUGAAAAUGAUAACUUAAUUUUCAUAUGUUUGCAAACAUUAUACAGAAUAAUAUCUGAUACCAAACAAAAACAAGAUCCUGAACCUGGUUUAGCUGCUGUAUUACAAGUGGUAGAACCUUCUAUCAUACCACAAGCUGUUGAUUGGAUUCUUUCAGAAUCACGCUCUGAUGCCCAAUUAGCGCAAGCUUUGAAAGUUUUAUGUAGUUGGCUUCCAAAAUGGAUAGGUGAUCGACUUAGUAUUUGGAUUAUGGAAUUUAUACGUGGUUUAGAAAAACGACAUAAAUAUUCAAUACUUAUCGAGGUCACGAAAGCAAAGCUGGAUGUAAUGUUUCGUGCUUUAUCAAUACCUGUAUUUCGUCAAAAUGCUUCCACAAUUUUAUUUUAUAUAUUAAAAAAACAAGGAUCACCAUCUUUGUUUCAAAAUAUAAUAAGAAAUACACAAAUGGUGAUAUCUUUCUUUUUGAUGAAAGAAGAUUCUGAAUCAAGCAAAGAAUGUAUACAAAAUUUAGUUGAUAUCAUGAAAAUACUUACAUUAAGAUUUUCAAAUCAGCGUGUCUGUACUAACUUGGAAAAUAGUUUUCCAGUACAACCACGGAUGGAUGUCGUUAGAGAAAUAUGGAAUGAUCAUGUCUGGAUAGAUGAAAUGGAAGAGAUCGAACCAGUAAUUGAAUCACCAAAAACACAUUUGGGAAAAGUUGGACUUUCUAAUCUUGGGAAUACAUGUUAUAUGAACAGUGUAUUACAAGCAUUAUUAAUGACUAGACAAUUUUGUUAUGAAGUAUUAAUGUACAAACCUUCAAGCAAAGCUGAUGAUCAAGUUGUACUUAAAAAGUUGCAAAAUCUAUUUGCUUUGUUAUUAUAUUCAAAGAGGAUUUCCUUGGCACCAACUGAAAUUUUAUUAGCUUCACGUCCUGCUUAUUUUCUCCCGGGUCAACAACAAGAUAGUUCAGAAUUUCUCUGUCAUCUUUUAGACCUUCUACACGAGCAAGAAAAGUCAACUACUAUAAAUGGUGAAGCUAAUAAUUCUAAUCUUAAAUACAAGGAUGAUAGAGAGAUAAAUGAUAUUUCAUCAAUGAAUGAGGAAGAAGCUAGUAUUAAGCGUUGGAGAACUGAAGGAAAUUUAAGUGGUAGUAUUGUACUGGAGAGAAAAACACAGUCAUUAGCAGAUUUUACUCAAAGAGAAGAUUUGGCACAAGUACAACAACUUAGCGAUUCACAUUCAGAUUCCACAGAUAGUGGAAUACAAUCUGUAGGUGGAGAAGAUACAAAUACACAAGUACCUCUUGUACAUAGAGUACUAGGAGGAAAAUGUGAAAUCACGUAUCAGUGUGCACAGUGUGAUACUAGUUCUCAUAAUACGGAUAAAUUUCGUGACUUACAGUUGUGCUUCCCAGAAGAGAUACAAGAGAAUCAAGAAGUUUCUGUACAAGAUCUCAUAAAUUAUUAUCUUACACCAGAAAAAUUGACUGGUGAAAAUAAAUAUCGUUGCGAUAAAUGUAUGAAAUUAUGUGAUGCACAAAGAAUUAUAAAAAUUUUGCAUGCACCAACAUAUUUAAUUUUAAUAUUAAAACAUUUUCGUUAUGAUUUCGAUACCAGAUUAAGAACAAAAUUACGACACAAAGUGAUGUACAAUGAAAUUAUACAAUUACCAGUAUCUACACCAUCUACAGAAAGUUAUCAAUUGUAUGCUGCUGUUGUUCAUUCAGGUUAUAGUAUGGAUUAUGGCCAUUAUUUCACUUACGCUCGCGAUUCAAAGCAGAAUUGGUACAAAUUUAAUGAUAGUUAUGUUUCACAAACGACAUUUAAUGACUUUAAAGAUUUAAAACCACCGGAUACGCCUUAUAUAUUAUUUUAUGAAAAAGCUAUGCCCUUUGAAGGACUUUAUGAUGAAGAUAAGCCCGAAUUAUCGACAUUAAGUAAACAUUUACAAGAACUGGUAGCAAAUGAUACUACAGCUUAUAUUGAGGAAUUGAGGCAUCAAGCCGAGAAAUCUCAACGCGGACGACACAAUUCGAUAUUGUUUAGAAAGAAUGAGAAUUCUGAUGAUGAAAACCCUCCACCUAGUAACUGUCGAGGUGCAGUUAAUAUGCCUGCGAGUCGUUUUCUUUAUUAAGUUAUCUCAACAUUUAAAUAUUAUAUUCUUUUAUAAAAUUAAUCGAAUGUUCCAAGUAAAUUUGUAAUACAUUUUCCUUACAUUAGU